UGUGCAAAUUAUAAACACCGAACAAACCGGUUUAACAACUAACCCCCCCCAAUGGCAGUAACAAUCACAAAGAACACAAUCAGGGUGUUACCACAGAAAUUUCUAGGAAGAUUUCCACUUUUUAUUGGUGCAGAAAUAAUACUAGGCAUAACCAUCCUCAACAAAGCCAGUGGUAUCUAUGGGAUCCUUUCCCUCUUGACUGGCCAUCCAAUCAACUUCUUUCAAUGGCUAUUCAAUGCAUUAGCUCUAGUUCUUUUGCCAAUUUACAUUAGUGCCUUUAUUAACAUAAACACCCAACCGAAAAACGUUCGGAAAAUGUCAAUAGCCACGGUUGUCUACAUGGCCGACACCGUGAUUGGAUUAUUGUACACUUUAUACUUUAUGUACUUUUGGUUUUAUGUUGAAGAUACCGCUGCUCCAGAGUCAGGCAACACUAAACGACAAGAAAUGGGUGAUUUGUCAGCCCAAUCUGCUUCCUACACCAGAGAAUUGUUUCUCACUUUUGCAACAACAAUUGUUGUCAAGGCCGUGAGAAUAUACUUCACCUUGGUAAUGAUGUCCUUCACCAGAGCACUCUUGAAACAACACAUCCUCAGAGAAGGAAGAUAUGGUCAAGAUGAUGCGGAGCACCUUGUUGAUGCUGAUGAAGAAGAGAUUUUGGGAUCUGUUGGUGUAUUGGGAGAAAUUAGAAAGACAAUCUUGGAUUUGGAAAUCAAGUCCAAGGAAUUGUUGAUUCAAUUGUUAGCAUAGUAUGUAUUACUUACCCUUUUUUUAUAUAUAUAUACGGCAACACAUUGUUGCUGUUUGUUGCAAGUUUCGUUCAUGAUCAUGUGACUUACUUUAUAAUUUUAAUUAAUAAUUUCAUAACCUUGCCUUGUUUAAAAA